GAUUUCUCUCAUUUUUUUUUUUGAAAACAUUAAAAAAUAUAUUCUAAAUAUCAUUUUGGCAUCUUUAAGUGGAAAAUUAUGUCGGAGGAAACAAUCGAAAAAUUUGAAGAUAAUGUGGAGCAUCAAAAUCAAGACCAACUACCAGAGGGAAUGUCGAAAAAGCAACUGCGACGUCAAAAAUACAAGGUGAAAUGGGAAGAAAAGAAGUUAGUCAAACGUGCAGCGGAAAGAAUUCGAAAAAAGGAAAAACGAGCAGCGCUGAAAGAAUCGGGAGAUCUUUCAAAGUUGAGGAAACGAAAAGAUUUCAGAACAAUGGCUCAGUCUAAUAGCAAGCAACGAAUUGCUUUGGACAUGUCAUUUGACGAUUUGAUGAUUGAAAAGGAUCAAAAACGUACAGUUCAGCAAAUCGGAUGGUGUUAUACUGCGAACAGACACAGUCCUGAUCCAUUUCAAUUUCAUGUUGUGGGGUUCGAUGGACCAUCGAGAAAAAUUUAUGAUGGUAAUGAGCACAACCUGAAUCAAGACAUCCAUCUUCACCAAGAAAAAUUGGAAAAUUUAUUUAAACCAGAGGAAAUAGUUUAUUUGACUUCUGAAUCUGAAAAUGUCCUGAGCGAUCUUGAUGAUACGAAAGUGUAUGUAAUUGGAGGAAUUGUGGAUCAUAAUUCUCAAAAAGGAUUGUGCUAUCGAAUCGCUCAAGAAAAAGGAUUUGGUCAUGCAAAAUUGCCUUUAGAUGAACAUCUUCUCAUGAAAUCUCGACGGGUACUCACUAUCAAUCAAGUCUAUGAAAUUCUGGUUCAUUACUCUGUUCACAAAAACUGGAAAGAUGCUCUUCUUUCAAUUAUUCCAGAACGGAAGAAUGCUCAAUUGAAAGAGGAAGUUGUGGAAGAAAAGCCAGAAAGCCUAGAAGAAAUUGGAAAAUUAGACACAGAAUCCACCGAUACUGCCACGGGCUCUCCUAAAAUAAAUUAAUCAUUUUCAUAUUUUAAAAUUACACCCAAAUGUUGUUAUUAUUUGUUAACCAUUUUCGUUAUUUUUUAUUGCUUAUGAAUUUUUCAAAAUCAAU